CUUGAUCUGGACAUUUGAAAUUGGGAAAUACUCUAACACUCCACUUUCGGUCUUCCACCACCGCUGCGACCAACAUGCAAUUUCAAUGAAGACAUGUCAAAUUGAUGUCACCCCGUGCCUUCUGGCAGCGCUCGGCGCAAGCCUAGCUAAGCUUAAGACUGGCAUUGCUUCUUGCUUUUGCUCUUGUACUUACCUGUACGAUUCCAUCUUCCAUCACGCACCAUGUCAGAGCAGCAUCCAAUUCACUCCAAAGGCUGGCAAGAUGUCUACCCAACGCCUCGUGAUCGCUCCACAGCGCCUCUGCCUAGGGUUGAUGUGCAAGUGCUCAAGCAGAUACUCGAGAGGCAGGCAAAUGGGCGAGCGACAGAGGCAGUCAUUAUCGACGUCCGUCGAACUGAUUGCGAGUCAAUGAUACCGACUGCGAUAAACUUGCCGGCUCACACGUUCCUUCUGUCUUUGCCAACACUGCUGCCUCUGCUUGCCAAAGUGCCACUCGUCCUGUUUUAUUGCAAUCAAUCGACGGGAAGAGGUCCACGCGCAGCAGGCUGGUAUGCUGAUGCUCUUCAGGAGUACUCAGAUCUCGAUGAUGCACAAACGGCAGCUAAGGUCGGCGUCGUCGAGGGUGGUAUCGUGGGUUGGGAGGAAGCGUUUGGCGCUGGCAGUCUGCAAGAGCGCGGCAAGCCUGCGCAGGGUUGGAGCAGUAGACAGGUAUGAGAGUUCAUCUGUAGCACAUUCAGCAAUCAAGAAGACGCUGGAUCCAUCCUUGUUCCCGUGCUGUAAUUACUGAUCGUGCCGUGACGGCGCAUGCCGUUCCGUCUGCUGCCGAGGUGUCGGUCAUCAGUUAUGCAAAGUGCAACCGACCAUAUAUACUGACUUCCUAGACAAAAUGAGCUUACUUUUCCAAACCGUUAGCUGACGCAGAACACCUCGGUGCCCAUGCAGUGCUACCUAGCGCGGGCGUACAGCGCACCAGUGGUAAGCUGCUAGAGCCGCGACACACGUCCUUACGGCCAGCAGUUUCAUGUGCGAUGUAGCAAAUACCGCGCAAGUCAAAAGAUAGCGCUGGCAACGUCUUGCCCUAAUGGCAUCGCUACGAG